AUGACUGACGUCCCACCUACUCCACCAAAUAAAGGCGGCUGGAAAGACUUUGUUGCCGGCAAUUUUGCCGGAAUGUCACAAGUCAUUGUUGGGCAGCCUUUAGAUACAAUUAAGGUUCGACUUCAAGUAGAAUCCACCAGAUUCAAGGGUCCUAUGGAUUGUUUCAUGCAAACCGUAAAAAAUGAAGGCUUUUUUGCCUUAUAUAAAGGAAUGGCUGCUCCAUUAGUCGGCAUAGGUGCCGUAAACGCUUUACUAUUUGCAACUUAUUCACGAUUAAAAUCUAUCCAGGCCACGUCUCUUAAUGAACAAUUAGUUCUUCAUAAGAUAGCAAUCGCUGGCGCAGGUGCAGGAUUUAUUAACAGCGUGCUUUCGUCACCUGUGGAAUUGCUCAAAAUUAAAAUGCAAGCGCAGUAUGGAAGUUCUAAGGCGAAGAUUGGAACUGGUGAACUUAUUUAUAAAGGACCUAUUGAUUGUGCAAGACAUUUGAUAAGUGAAUUUGGUAUUCGUAACGGUUUGUUUCGCGGGUUUUGGGCAACCGUUGCACGUGAAAUACCUGCAUAUGCAGGAUUUUAUUCCGGAUUUGAAUAUUUCAAAAGAAAGUUAACUCCGGAAGGAAGUAGUCCUGAUAGCUUACCUCCAAGUAAAUUAAUGCUUGCUGGUUCUUUUGGAGGAUUCUCUUAUUGGUUAUGUUGUUAUCCACUUGAUGUUGUAAAAUCUAAAGUGCAAAAUAUGAAAAACCCACCCAAAGGGUUUUUUUAUGUUUUUACAACCAUAAGUUCAAUAUAUAAAACCGAGGGUGCAAGAGCAUUUACUCGAGGUAUUACUCCAACAAUCUUGAGGAGUUUACCUGCGGCAGGUUCAACCUUUACCGUUUACGAAUUAACAAUGAGAAUGCUCGAAAAAGGCUCGAUAGAGUACAAUUCCUCUUUUUCACCUGGAAUUGGUUUGAUAACACUUCACAAUUCUGAACGACAUAAUGCCUUAAGUGGCAAAAUGAUGGCCGAAUUAGCUGAUUUGGUUGAUAAAUUAGAACAUAUUACACAAGGUAAAACAAAUUCAAAAAACGAAACCGAUUUAAUAGCAUUAAUAUUAUCGGGAGACGAAAAUUCUUUUUGUUCCGGUUUAGAAAAUGGUAAAAAAAUGAGUUCGCUUAUGCAAGAUACACUCUUACGUUUUAGUCGACUUCCCUUAAUUUCGAUUGCCGCAAUCGAAGGUCACGCAUUAGGAGGAGGAGCGGAAUUAACAACGGCAUGUGAUCACCGUUGUAUCUCAGUCGCCGCUAAAAUCCGAUUCAUAAAUGUGAAGAUGGGUGUUACAACAGGAUGGGGCGGAGGUGGAAGGUUAAUCAAUAUAAUUGGUAAAACGAAAUCUUUAAGAAUCUUGGGAGCAAGUGAGGUGUUAACUGGACAACAAGCGUAUGAUAUAGGUUAUGCAGAUUUAAUUGCAGAAAAGGGUGAAACGAUAAGCAAAUCUAGAGAUUUUCUCGAUCCUUAUAUAUAUUUUUCUUCGCCAAAGAAAGGGGAAUCAGAUACAGAAAGAAAACGAAAUUCGGUGAAAGCGGUUCGCGGAAUGAAAGCGAUAAUCGCUAAAGCGAACGAUAGUGGAACGCAAAGAAAUUAUAUUCGUUUUGAACAUGCUCUGUUUAAUAGUCUUUGGGGACGAGAAGAAAACCUUAACGCAAUAUCCAAAGCACAAUCGGAAAGAAAAUAA